AUGCCAUCCAGGAUGCCAGCCGGGCAAAGAGGUCCAGGUCCAACCUGGACUCUUCAACCGAGAAGGAGCCCGAAUGACAACUACACAUUCGGUAACCUUGUCGCCGUUUCGCCCCAAGAUAUCCCGCCUACCCGAGAUGGCACCGACCUUCUCGUCCUAGUAAAUGAUCUCUUUGUCUUUUCGGCUCGGCCAUUUGACGGACCCGUCAAUGGACCUAAUGAUGGUUGCCCCCCGGGAUGCAUCGGGAUGUCGGACGCUCAGCGAACAUGGGCGAAUAUCGGUAUCAGAGACUCGGUCAAGGUCCAGCUCUAUGAUCCCUUUAGCAAGGGCGGGCAAGCCUACCUUGGAUCUGCGGAUAUCGAAGUCAGCUUUGCGUCUUCCAUGCCGAAGAAGCGACCUGAGACCCCAUAUGAUCAGGAUGAGUUAGCUCAAGCUGUGAUCAGGAACUUUGAGAACCAACUGUUUUCGCCUGGACAGAGAAUCCUAAUGGACAACAAGAGUAUCCCCCUUUUGUUGCAGAUCAAGACCGUUCAACGGGUUGACCUGACCUCCGAAAAAGGAUCUGGCGAAGUCGAGACCAUUCCUACCGCCAGAGGCAUUGUCACUCGACACACCCAAUUCAACUUUUACAAGGAUUCCAAAACCGGAAUUAACGUGAAGCCAUCUAGUCGUCGCCCCGCGGCCAAUUCUAUCAUCCAACCUGGCUUCAAAUUUGAGGAUAUGGGAAUUGGAGGUCUGGACUCCGAGUUCAGCACGAUUUUCCGUCGUGCUUUCGCAUCUCGAAUCUUCCCUCCUGGACUUGUUGAAAAGCUGGGUAUUCAGCACGUCAAGGGUCUUUUGCUCUACGGUCCUCCUGGAACCGGUAAAACGCUGAUUGCUCGACAAAUUGGAAAGAUGCUCAAUGCUAGAGAACCCAAGAUUAUCAACGGUCCCGAGGUUCUCAACAAGUAUGUCGGUGCAUCUGAGGAAAACAUUCGGAAGAUGUUCGCAGAUGCCGAGCAGGAGUACAAGCAGAAGGGUGAUGAGAGUGGUCUCCACAUCAUUAUCUUCGACGAGCUUGACGCAGUGUGUAAGCAACGUGGCAGCGGAGCCGGGGGUGGCACUGGUGUCGGUGAUAGCGUGGUCAACCAGCUUCUUUCAAAGCUCGACGGUGUCGACCAGCUGAACAACAUUCUGCUGAUUGGUAUGACGAACCGAAUGGAUAUGAUUGAUGAAGCGUUGCUGCGUCCUGGCCGUUUGGAGGUGCACAUGGAAAUUUCGCUCCCUGAUGAGUAUGGCAGAAGUCAAAUCCUCAACAUUCACACAGAGAAAAUGCGAAACAACAACGUCAUGGCUGGAGAUGUUGACCUGGCUGAACUUGCUCAUUUGACCAAGAACUUCUCAGGAGCCGAGAUUGCAGGUCUCGUCAAGUCGGCUUCGUCCUUUGCAUUCUCGCGCCAUGUCAAAGUGGGUACUAUGGCUAGUAUCGAUGACGAUGUUGUGAACAUGAAGGUUCAAAGGGAGGACUUCCUCAAGUCUCUUGAUGAGGUCAAGCCUGCCUUUGGUGUCUCCGAAGAGGAGCUUUCUAGCCGUAUUGCUUACGGCAUUAUUCACUACUCCCAGACGAUCAACGAGAUCCUGCGAGAAGGUGAGCUGUUCGUCAAGCAGGUCGGCAAGGCCGAUUCGACCCCACUGUUCUCUGUGCUGUUCCACGGCCCGCCAAGCAGCGGAAAGACCGCUCUGGCAGCGCGGAUUGCGAUUGACUCUGGCUUCCCCUUCAUCAAACUGAUCAGUCCGGAAGAUAUGGUUGGAUUCAAUGAGGCUGCCAAGAUCUCUCACAUUAGCCGAAUCUUCGACAGUGCGUACAAGAGUACCACCAGUAUCGUUGUGAUUGACAACAUCGAACGAAUCAUCGACUGGGUGCCCAUCGGCCCUCGGUUCAGCAACAGCGUACUGCAAACCCUCAUGGUCUUCUUGAGGAAGCAGCCUACCCACGGCCGUCGUCUUUUGGUUCUCGCUACCACCACUGAACGUGCUUUGAUGAAGCAACUAGACAUCUACAACUCUUUCAACUCGGAUAUCAUGGUCCCGAAUGUCAACUCUUUCAGUGAGCUUCGUCAUGUCAUGGAAAAGUCGGGUGACUUCGACCCCCAGGAGAUUGCGCAAGCCCUCGAGUCAGUUGGAGGUCUUGCAGAUGACGGACGUUUGAGUGUGGGUAUCAAGAAGAUUCUACUCGGCAUUGAAACAGCCAAGCAGGAUUCGGACAAGGUUGGUCGCUUCGCUCGUGUCAUCAACCGUGCGAUCGAGGAGGAACAAAGCUUCCAGUAA